UGCACACUUGUCUAUGUAGCCACCUCUUCCGCCUGUCCUCUACCCCUGUCCACCCUCACUCCCUGCAGCUGGAAGUGUUUCCUCUGUGUGCCGCAGAGAGGGGGGGGUGGGAGGAAGUGACAGGCAGGAGACACACACAUACUUAUGUGGAAUGCACUGAAACUCGACAGUGAAACAUCAGCUCUCCGCCAACAUCUGUACCCCGCUAUUGUCUCUGUGAGCUGCAUCCACCAUUUUCAUCCUUCUCAUUUCUUGAACUUCCACUUCCAUCUUUUACUGUCUGACCACUAAAUCUUUCUGGAUGUCCCCUCCCUGAGCCAGCCUGGAGGCGAGAGUGUCAGCUGGUGAGAUGUGGACAGCGGGGCAGGCUCCUGUCCUGGAUGGGGGUCCACAGCUCCAGCGCUCGCCCCCUUUUGAGGAUUGGUCUACAUCUCCCAAACCUGAAACUUCAAGAUCAGUCACCGAGGGAGGUAUGGAGAAGCCUAUCUAUGAUUUAUCUCGACUGCGCAGUUCCUCUGUGGAGAUCAGAGAGAAGGGGUCAGAGAUCCUGAGAGAUGAGCUGCUUAAGGCUCAGAAGGAGUUGAAGCUGAGAGAUGAAGAGUGUGAGAGGUUAUCAAAGGUCAGAGAGCAACUGGAACAAGAACUAGAGGAGCUAACCGCUAGUCUUUUUGAGGAGGCUCAUAAAAUGGUGCGUGAGGCUAAUAUGAAGCAGGCUACAUCUGAAAAGCAGCUAAGAGAGGCCCACGGGAAGAUUGAUAUGCUGCAGGCCGAAGUUUCAGCUUUGAAGACACUGGUCAUCACUUCUACCCCAUCUUCCCCAAACCGUGAGCUGCACCCCCAGUUACAAAGCCCUUCUAAGAACGCACUACGCAAAGGCCAUGCUCGCAACAAGAGUGCAGGUUGUGCUGCUGUCGUGCCUGCUGCCCCCCCAGCUCAGCCAGUCAGCACAGAGGGCAAAGAGUUUUCUGCAGUUCCAUCUCUUCUUUCAUUGCUUCUCUGUAUUGUACCGGGGAAGGUUGUCCAUAUAACCUACGAGCCCGGAUGGCCUGUCUCUGAUGAGUCUUCCUCUUCUACUUCCUCACGCCAGGUGGACACCCUCCUUUACUCAGAGUUUCUUGGAUGGAAAGAGAACCCAACACUAAAUAAAUCCAGCCCCUUCCUGUCACGUAUCUACCAAGAGGAUAUUACACCCUGCUUGGACUUUGCAAAAAGGGAGUUGUCAGAACAGGUUCUUGCUGCAGUAGAGGACAAUACACUGUCCGUGGAACCAGUCAUUCAACCUGCACUUCCCGUUGUGAAAGCAUCAGCUGUAGAACGUGGGGGGCCCAGCGGGUGUCGGGUGGAGGUCUUAACAAAAUGUGCCCUCAGUGGUCUUUCACGUUCGUGUCGCCAUCGAAUUAAGCUGGGAGAUUCUGGAAAUUAUUACUUCAUCUCACCAUCCUGUAGGGCCAGGAUAACAGCCGUGUGCAAUUUCUUCACUUACAUCCGUUACAUACAGCAAGGUCUGGUACGCCAGGACACUGAGCUUAUAUUCUGGGAGAUCAUGAGACUUCGCCAAGAGAUGUCAGUGGCAAAACUUGGCUUCUACGUCUUUGAAUCGUAGCGAUUCCAGUGUAAGGACAACGUAAAUGACCAAUACGGACCGAUGACAUUCUGCUGCUGUGGGAUCAAAUGAUAACUGAGAGCAGACGUGUGUGAGUGCUUUUGAAAACACACCUGAGGUGACAUAGACUCUAUGUGUGGACUCUUCAUUCAUAGAUGGUACUCCACCAAUGAUGAGAAUAAGAGCACACAACGAUCUAUACAUUAGGGAUUUUUUACAAAGAUCAAGAGCGGCUAUACACCAGCACAGAUAAAGCACAGAUAAUGAGAGUUUCCAGGUCAUGAGGGACACAAUAGUUGUUGUAUAAUGACCACACAUACACUUGCAGAUGGGGCCAUUGUAUGACUGGAUUUUUUCAUGCUGGAAUGUUGAUAUUUUAUUGGAUCUCAACUGAUAACAGUCACUUGUUCCAUACAAGGAACACAUU